CCUGGUGCUAUCCCCACCCGCACCACUAGCUCACCCUCUCCCGGACGCUAGCGUGACUGCGCUGUUUGGCCCAGGAGACGAUGCGUGGACGACACUUGUACAUACGUGGCUUGAUGACAGAAAGCGUCGGAUGAAGGAAGGGGCGACAAGGAGGAUGGGAAUAGGAGAUGUGUUGAAGGCGAGGCUGAAGAGUAACGAACCGGUGCUGGAGCACCUUCCAGAGGUAGUAAUUGAUGUUUUAUUUGUUGAAGACAUUCAAGUUGAUGCGUUUCCUCUCCUCGCUUCCUCUUCCUCAUUACACCCUCGCCGCCGAACUUCACCAACUCACUUCCCCAAAAACAGCACCCACAUUCUUAGAUUCGCUCCUCGAGAAUGCUGAGCAUGCAGGAAAGGCUUUGGAUGAGACAGCUUUGUUUGGGAGUUAUAAUUGGAACAGCUGGAGAGGGAUCGUAAGGAGUUUCUGGGGUGUUGGAUUGAUUUUGAGGUGUGUAGUUUUGGGGUGUUGUUCAUACGACAUACUGAUGCUGCUAUUGCAUGGUUAUAUAGUAUAAAUCAUUUCGGGUACCGCUUUUCUCGCCUGUAAAGUUUAGACCGCAUGAUCAAUAUGAUAUAGUGUGUUCCUACCCCCAUCAUAUCCCUAUCUAAACGUCACUCAUCCCAAUAGUAUCUUGCAACUACCGACUGCUUGAUGAGAUUUUG